AUGUCGGCACCAAUCUCUUCCACCUCCUCCACCAACAAGUCCGGCGCUGCGACCCGUACCUCGCCCCUCGGCAAGUUCAUCGAGAGCGCGCCAAAGAUCGAUCCGGCCGUCGCGCUGGCUGUUCGCAAAGCAGGACCACCUCGAGUCAAGUACUUUGUGCCCAUUCUGCGCAUGAUCCUCUUCCACCUCUGGUUCUUGCCCUCCAGCGCCAUCCUCAUCCCUCUGCUCAUUGCCAAGAAUGCCCUGCCUUGGCUUCGAACCCACCGAGGAUGGUCUUUUCGCCUAGCGCUCGGUAUCGAAGCCACGCGCUGGGCUAUGCGCAACUUCAUCUUCUUCAGACUCCAGCCCAUCGCACCCAGGCAGGGAGGUCUGCGAGAACGUCCUGGACUGCUCGGUGCGCUGUUGCAGUCCCUCAACGCUAGCGGUCCGGGUGGAAGGGUGGUGCUGCCCAAGCAGCUCGCCAAGACAUCCUUGCAAGCGGCAAAGAAACAAAACAGAAGGCGAGACAGAAUUUGGUUCGACGCUCCUCAACUCGAAUACUUUCGAGGCAUCCUCGCCAUUCAGCCUGGCAAGGAGGGUACAGGGGCGGUAAGGACAGCGGGCUACAGAGGUCCAGCUUUGGUGGAGCCCAAGUGGGCCAAAGCCAAGACUCGCGGUUUUUGGUUCAUGAGAAAAGACGGAGAAGCUCCUCCUGAGGUGGAUGAGAAGAAAUCCGAAAGACCAGUCAUCCUCUACUUCCACGGUGGUGCUGGUGUGACCUUUGGUGCAGGCGACAUCUUCAUGGGAAUGACGCUGGCUCAAAACUUGGCCAGAACGUCUGGCAUCGACGUCUUUUCCGUCGACUACAACCUUGCGCCAUUCGCACCUUGCCCUGUGCCUCUCAGCCAAGCUGUUGGAGCUUGGAUUCACCUCCAGUCUCUCGGAUACUCGCCCAACCAAAUCUUUAUCGGCGGCGAUUCGUAUGGUGGCUGGCUCACUCUUCAGCUGGAGCGCUACUUGCGCUUCGAAAUGCCCGCGCUGCACGGAGAGGACCACAACCAAAAGCCUCUUGGACUGAUCUUGCUUUCGGUGAGUCAUCUUAUCGCGACAUGUAUCCGCGCUUCUCGACCACAUCCUUCUGACUCAUUUUGACCGCGUUGCAGCCUCAAUUGGCUACGGUCAACGAGCCAUUCGCCGCUCGCGAGAGACACCUCAAGUACGACAUUAUCGUCAGAGCCUAUCCGGAGUGGGGCAUCGAUGCGCAGCGCAUCGGUCCCAAGCACGCCAAACGCGCAGGCCCGUUGGCCGACCUCACCAACACUUGGGUUAGCCCGUACACCAGGUCAAAGGAGGAGUUCGCAGAACUGCCUCCCAUCUUUGUUGCCAAUGGAGCACUGGGUGAGUGCCAUCAAAGCCUUUGCUCUAGGUGGGCUGCACAUCGCUGACCGUCCAACUCUUUCACUUCACUGUGAUCGUAUCGCAGAGUGCCUGGUCGACGAAGGCAUCCAAUUCGUCGCAGCAGCGCGCAAUGCAGGUGUGCGCAACGUCGAACACGAUAUUGCCGCCCACGAACCUCACGACUACUUCACCAUGGCUACGAGCCUUCCGGUGGCCAUUCGCACCUACAAGCGACUUGGCAAAUGGGCUCACAGGAUCAUCGACGAGCGCGGCUACGAAGUCGCUUGA